GGGGUCGCGAAGUGAGUUGGGAGCGACCAUUUGGGCUGUGCAUGCGGGGCAGGGCUGCCGUCCUUCGCUCGGCCCUUCCGGUGCCCCGCGGGGUGCGCAGCUCCCGCGCGCCCUUUCUUCCUCUCCCCCGCUUUGCAGACUUCUCCAUGGAGACCGCCGCCCCCGCUCCCCCCGGCCCCGCGGCGGCGGCGGCGGCGGCCCCCUUCCCCCCGCUCUUCCCCCCGGGGCUGCACGGCAUCUAUGGCGAGUGCCGGCGCCUGUACCCGGAGCAGCCCAACCCGCUGCAGGUCACCGCCAUCAUCAAGUACUGGUUAGGUGGACCUGAUCCUCUGGACUACGUCAGUAUGUACAGGAAUUUGGGGAGUCCAUCCCAGAAUGUUCCUGAGCACUGGCACUAUGUAAGCUUUGGAUUGAGUGACUUGUAUGGUGAUAACAGAGUACAUGAGUUUACUGGAUCAGACGGACCAAGUGGUUUUGGAUUUGAACUGACAUUUCGACUUAAGCGUGAAACCGGGGAAUCUGCACCACCGACAUGGCCUGCAGAGUUGAUGCAAGGCUUAGCCAGAUACGUCUUCCAAUCAGAAAAUACAUUUUGUAGUGGUGAUCAUGUAUCAUGGCAUAGUCCGUUGGACAACAGUGAGUCAAGGAUCCAACAUAUGCUGCUGACUGAAGAUCCACAAAUGCAGCCAGUUCAGACACCAUUUGGGGUGGUGACUUUUCUUCAGAUUGUUGGCGUCUGUACAGAGGAGCUUCAUGCAGCACAGCAGUGGAAUGGACAGGGUAUAUUGGAACUGCUUCGGACUGUUCCUGUAGCAGGAGGCCCAUGGUUGAUAACAGACAUGCGACGUGGAGAGACCAUAUUUGAAAUAGAUCCACACCUGCAACAGGACAGAGUUGAUAAAGGGAUUGAGACAGACGGUUCGAACCUGAGUGGUGUCAGUGCUAAAUGUGCCUGGGAUGAUCUUAGCCGGCCGCCAGAGGAUGACGAAGACAGUAGAAGUAUCUGCAUUGGCACACAUCCCCGACGAUUGUCUGGGAAAGAUACAGAGCAAAUCCGGGAGACUCUGCGAAGGGGACUUGAGAUUAACAGCAAGCCUGUUCUGCCCCCAAUUAACCAUCAGAGACAGAAUGGACUGAAUAAUGACAGAGCUCCGAGUCGGAAGGACAGCCUAGAAAGUGAAAGCUCAGCAACAAUUAUUCCUCAUGAGUUGAUUCGCACAAGACAGCUUGAGAGUGUGCACCUGAAAUUCAACCAGGAAUCAGGAGCAUUGAUUCCACUUUGUUUAAGGGGCAGACUAUUACAUGGACGGCACUUUACAUACAAAAGUAUUACGGGAGAUACAGCAAUCACUUUUGUGUCAACAGGAGUUGAAGGGGCCUUUGCUACAGAGGAGCAUCCAUAUGCAGCACAUGGGCCUUGGUUACAAAUCCUGCUGACUGAAGAGUUUGUGGAAAGAAUGCUGGAAGACCUAGAAGAUCUGAAUUCUUCAGAGGAAUUCAAACUUCCAAAGGAGUAUAGUUGGCCUGAAAAGAAACUGAAAGUCUCCAUCUUGCCUGAUGCUGUAUUUGACAACCCACUGCAUUAAAGCCAGCUGCCACCCACAAGCAACAAGUUGCUGUAUGCUGCCCAGUGACUCAUGGGAUAAUUUAGUGCAGUAAAAGCUCUUCCUGCAAAUAAGAGAUGCUGCUGCAUAUCCACUGCAAACAACGGAGGAGUUACUCAACAGCAGUCCAGCCAGAACUCAAUUCUUCCAGUACCUGGCUUUCUCUUCUGUCAUGGAAGAACUCUGAAUAACCUGCAUAUGAAUGAGUGCGAGAGUGAGACAUGGAGAGAGAAGUAUUUAACUAUUAAUAGUAGUCGUAAGAAUUCCUUUCCCAACUUUAACUGGCUCCAGAAGUCCCUGCAACCCCCGGCUCAGGGUUUAUGUGCCUCAUCUGCCUUGGCUUAAUCACACAAUUUUCAGGCGUAAACACACAUUAGAAGUAUUUUUUUUAACUCUCAAAUUCUUUAAUUAGUCAGGCUUCUCAUGGCCAGAAUUAUUCCUUCAGUGUGAUUUUUUUUU